UGUACUUUGAUAAAUUUUUAUACCUUCGUGAAAUUUGACACUAUUUAUAAAUUGAUGCGUGUUGAAUGUUGAUUGAUUUUCAGUAAGUGCGGUUCUACUGUUCAGCGCCAUUGUGGCAUAUCAGGAGCGUUUCGUUGUCUUCUUCACCGGGCCGAUAUUGGGACCAAUUUUUAUCACAUUAAUCAUGACUAUCAUUUCAAAACCGAUGAAUUUGGGCGUGCUAGGGUCCCUGUUACAUUUUGGCGAGGUUCCAGACUUUCUAAGACAGCUAUUGACUCAGAAGAACCUAGUCCAUGCUUUCGCUGGGGCUUUGGUGAGUGCAUGUGCAGUACAUCGUUUAAUAAUUUUCUUUGUGGGAUAGAGUUCGUUGGGUAUAUUAAUAGUAGCUGCGGUGAAUUAAUUAUGUUUUACAAAGGGUUAUUUAUUUUUUCGAUUUUAUAUAGUCGUUUAUGAAAUUAUUUGUUUUGGAAUAGUGUAUUGCUGUCAAUUGCGCAAUAAUUGCAUGUAUGUUGCAUCAUGUCGUGAUAUGUUGAUAUUGCCCUCUGGAUACUGCUAUCAUGCGAUCACAGCAUAUAUACCAAUGAGUUGCAUUGUGCCCUAAUGUGCCCUACUUUAUUAUUUUACUUUGUCUAAUAUUCCAGAUGAUUUCAUUUGUUGAGCGGAGAGUGCUGGGUGCCAGGGACUUUAUAGCCAGUUUAUAGCCACAGUUUGUAGUUUACCACUUUACCCCACUGGUUUACCCAAUGAGUAUUUUGUAGUUGUGCCCUGUGGGGUUGAAAUGUGUGCAUCUAUUAUUAAGAAUUUUAGCAAACUUAAAAUUUGUAUGAUAUAGAAAAGAAUAAGCCAGCUUACUAAUCUGCAUCUUUAGUAAUUUAUGGCUGAUGGCUCAUCACAUUGUGAUUUUGCAUGUUGCACAAAGACAUUUGGCACUGGCAGGCACAUUUUCAAAUAAUUUGUGUGGUCACAGGCAUGCAAAAAAAGUUAACGACUCCUGUCCUAAUGUGCCGUACUCAUUUUACUCUGCUUGAUGCCAGAAAAUUUUACUGACUAUAAAAGUACAUUCAGGAGGGUGAAUGCCAAUCGUAAGCGCAUUGGCAUAGAGAUCGGAAGAGCGCAGUGCAAAUAUAUUAGAUCUAACCAGGAUCAGUUCAACCCUCUGGCUGGUAGGAAUCGAACUUGCAGCCCUGUGUUUCCGGUACAAUACACACCAACUGAGCUGCAGACACAGAAUAAGUCAUAGAGAAGCCCAACUUCUUGGUUUUUCCAAUGAUUUUGGCAUAACCAUAAUCGUCAUUAAAAUGCUGACGCCAUGGUCUCAGUCAGUGCGCGUUUGGUGGAUGUCCAGGGGGGGGGGAAUGCCCCUCAAACACACACUGGUUGGGACCAUGUCAGCAUUUUGAUGAUGAAUCAUGGUGUGGCAGCGGUUACUAGAGUUGACCUUCUGUGUGUCAUUAUUCUGUGCUGCAGAGAUCAGUUGUUGAGCUCUAACUACAAGUCCAUGUAUAUAUUCUAAGGUGAUUCCAGUGUAAGGUGUAUGGAUGAAUCAGGAUUUUGGGCGUCUCACUUGAUAGUCAGAGCUAAUUGUUGAAGGGUUUUUAGAUGGAGAUUUCAAGUGUAAAUCUUAUACAUUUAUUACACGGCAAAAAAUGCUCAGGUUGAUGCAAUACUGAUGAAAACAGGAUUGAACAAUGUUUUGCUGCCCACAUUGUUCAUAGCUGUCAACAACAUUGAACAAUAUUGUUACACCCGAUUCAGGCUCAACAACAUUGUUCAAUAUUGUUGACAAGUGUGAACAACGUGGGCAGCAAAACAUUGUUCAGUCCUGUUGAGCAACGGGCUCGGCGUUUUUUGCCGUGUAGACCUAACAACUAUCAGCCCUCUGGCAGGAAUCAAACCUACGGCCCUGCGAUUCCCGCCCCUUUUUAUCGGAGCUGCAACUGUCCAACAUUGUGCCAUAUGUGGACAUAAACCAAUUAUCCAUAUUAAAGAGUCUGAGUCUCGCAAAUUUACUUAGGAAGUAAAUAUCCACGUAAUAUCGUCUCUGUUAUUUCAUGCAUUUCUCUUGUGUGAAGUGUAAGAGUGCGAAAAAGUGCACAAUUUAUAAUUGUGAUUAAUGUUCAUUUUAAAUGCGGAUUUAAACUAUUUAUUGACUGGUUCAACCCCCAAAAAUGUUAGUAAUUUAAUGUUUAAUUACAAUUUACAAACCUGUCAAACCACCAUGUUUAAAUUAAUUAUCAAUACGAUUAUUCGACAUUAAUCGAUUGUUGACAAUGAUUAAUUGAUUAAAAAAAUUAACCGAUGAGAACAGCUCUAAUUUUUAUUGCUUCCAUUCACAUGUCACUUUCAUUGCAUCUAUUUUAAAAUCAUUCUUCAAAAUUUUUUCAGGGUGGUAUAACUUCAUUAUCAGUCUUUUUCCCAUUGGAUACUGCCAGAACAAGACUGCAAGGUGAUUUCUUUUUUACCAAUAUUGAUACUAAUUUUGCCAAUUGAGCAUGAAUUCAAUUGUGAAAUGUUACCAUUUGCCAUAUAACAAGUCAUCUAGGUGCAUCAGAUAUUGGCCAUAAAUUCAAAAUAUUGGUAUCAAUAUUUUUGUCCCCAAUAUUAUCAGUACUGUCUGUAUUAUAACAUAUUUAUGCCAUAUUCUUUAAAUUUAAAGUAUAUUUUGCAUUCCACUUUGGUUGUAGCAGUGACCCGAAUGUAUCAAAUAAGGCCUAAAAAAUACCUGGGGUUCUGCUUCUCAACCGACCCUAUUUUUUCCCGCCAACCCUAUUAUUUUUUCAACGCGAUCGACUGUGCGACCAUAUUUUCUCCGGGUGGUUGCGGGCUGCUCAUACAGCGUGCCAAAAUGGCAUCUGUUGUCGCACUAAUUAUUGAACCAAAUUGCCUAAAUUCGUCCAUAGGAAGUACGCAUCUCUAGUAAUAUUGAUGUCGGGACUCUACUGCAAAUCGCCCAGCAAAAAACCACCAAAACCAUGAAAAUGAAAAAUAUAUUAAAAAAAAAAUUAUUUCCGACCUACCGACCCUAAUUUUUUCACGAUAUGAAACCGGAACCACAAGUAUUUUUUUUAGGCCUAUUAAUAUAAAUGUUAUCAAUGUGAGAAGGGUUUUAGAGAGGAGGGCUUAUUAGAGAGGAGGACUUAUCAGAGAGGAGGGCUUAUUAGAAAGUUGGGCUUAUUAGAGAGGAGGGCUUGUUAGAAAGGAGGGCUUAUUUGAGCUUAUUAGAGAGGAGGGCAUAUUAGAGAGGAGGGCAUAUUAGAAGUGAGGGCUUAUUGGAGAGGGUGGCUUGUUAGAAAGGAGGGUUUAUUAGAGAGGAGGGCUUAUUAGAGAGGAGGUCUUAUUAGAAAGGCGGGCUUAUUAGAGAGGAGGGCCGUUUUGCUAAAAUGGAGCAUAUUUUAUGAAAGGGAAGGAGCUCAUUUAACAGGUAUUUUACAUAAAAUGUAAUUGUUUUGCUUCUAGUUGAUGACCAAAGGAAAGCUAAGACAACAUGGAAGGUUAUAUAUGAAAUUUUCCAAGAGGAGGGUUUGUAAGUACCUUCAAUAAUGUCAUUAACGCAUUGAGUGCCAGCGCUCUGCCCUCAACGACUAAAAUCAUCUGGCGUUAGACAGAUUAAAAUAAUAAUGUAGGGCACAAUGCAACCUAAUGGGUUAACUAGACACAUCCAUGGUAGAUAGCCUCAUUACCCCAUUGAGUGCCAGCACUCUUCCCUUGAUGAGUAAAAUCAUCUGGCAUUGGAGUAAAAUACGGUAGUACUUAGGGAUACAACUGCCUGAAAAAUAUACAAACAGCUCAAUAUGUACUUGGCUACCAGUCCUCGCAAUUUCGACAAAUCCUCGUUGGCAAAAAAUUGCCAUCGAUAUUUCCAAGUUCGGCGGCAAUUCGUUUUGUUUCCAAAUGACAAUUUGAAGAUGCAUAAGCAUAAGAACGUAUUAUAUGUAUUUACUUGUUGUUAAUGUCUUUAAUAGAGAUUAAAACUGAAUAUUUUUUGCAGUAUUUGUUUCACUUUACUGAUGAUAAGUGUUUGAUAUUCGAGAAAACCUCCUUUCCCUUUCACAUACAUUGAGACCAGCGAUAAUCAAAUAGUCAUCAUGAUUAUAAUAAAUUGUUUACACUUAGAAGAAUUAAUCGAAUUGAGAAGGAGUGACCACAAAAAUUUGUUGGCUGCAAAAAAUUGCCGUCAAUAAUUUCAUCUUCGGCGGUAGUUUUAGACUUUUUAGGUAGUUGUAUACCUAUCAACACAAGGCUUUUAAUUUUCGGUAUAAUAUAUUAAUAUGACCCUCUGCUCGAGUGAUUCGGAAAAAUAUUAUCCUCACUAGGGGCCUAAAUUAAAAAGCCUGUAAAGGUUUCUGGUAGGUUCCUAGCCCAACAUUAUUAUUAGAAAUCUAUCUUUAUAUAAAAAAAAUUGUACAUGGGGAAAAAUUCAUUAAAAAAAAAAUUUCACUGAAUCCCCCUCGCUCCAGGUCUACAAAUGAUAAAUGCCUAAUAGACACGCUACCAAAUCAGCAUUUUGUAGGUAUAACACACUUCUGUAUUAAAUGCAGCAUAUCUGAUACAUCAUCGUUGUGCUUUUGUAGGUUGUCGUUGUAUCGUGGCCUGCUGCCUGUUCUCUCAAGUUUGUAUUGUUCAAAUUUCGUCUACUUUUAUACAUUUAAUGGACUCAAGGCUGCGUACAUCUCUAAAAAUGCACCCGAAACUGUCAUGGUGGAUUUACUGUUUGGAUUUCUUGCUGGUAAGAGCGAGCUUACAGCCGUUUUCAAAAUAAGGUGAUCGGUCCAGAAAUAGUCGGAGUUUGCCUGCCAGUUUUAUGACAUACAUGUACGAGCAUCUAUAUACUUUCACGACUGACGUCUGACGGUAACCAACACCCCAUCAACACCCUCAUGUACAGCAUGGACCAUAUAUAGCACUUGCACGAGAAAAAAUUAUAUCCACAUUGCCAAAUAAAAAUAGUACGAAAAUGGCAGACAAGUUUUGUCUGGAAAAGCAUAGAAGCAUGAUAUACAGGGUGUUGUCAAAAAAUGUCAGCAGGAUUUUGGGAUCAGGAUUAAGCAUUUAUUAGACCUAACCAGGAGCAGUUGCAAAAAAAUGCAACUAUAUAGGCCCUCUGGCAGGAAUCGAACCUGCGGCCCUGUGAUUCCUGUCCAAAUUAACGUGUAUAAAAUCAUAGCCUAUCGAAGGGAAGAUGGCUGUGAAACUCAUUAGAAUAACAAAUAAAAAUACAAUAUGACUCAUUAUCUGUGUUGGUCAACGUUUAUUCAUAAAUCUGGUCCUUCACCGUCACGUGUGAAUUGUAUUCUUGCCCAACUAACCAAUAGCAAUGUUUUAGGAAAGUCACCUAUCCGUGACUCGAACAAUAGGGAAAUUGCUAUUGGUGGAUUUGGUAAAAGUACAAUACACAGUGACACGUGACGGUGAAGGACCAGAUUUAUGAAUAAACGUUGACCAACAUAGAUAAUGAGUUAUAUUGUUAUUCUAAUGAGUUUCACAGCCAUCUUCCCUUCGAUAGGCUAUGAUAAAAUUUACACUCGAAAUUUACAUCUAGUCAUAAAAUCCUGUAAUUAUUAUGCAUGUCCUUGUCAUCUUUUAGGUGUGAUAAACGUUAUGAUAACAACACCGUUAUGGGUAGCUAAUACGAGAAUAAAACUGCAAGGUGUUAAUCUCAAGUCAGAGGAAAUGAAUAAGAAAGUUCAGUACAAGUAUACUGGAUUAGUAGGUAAGGUGCAUGAGGCAGAACAUUCAUUGGGUUGGAGUUUGCCCCCGGGCUACUGGUUUUUGUUCGCUUGGUGGUUUCUAUAGACUCCCAUGUCUAUCCCACUUCCAAAAAUUGACCACCUCCACACAUAGUCUAUCAGCAGAUUGGUGGCAAAAUUGUGCAUUUGAUGAUAAAGGCACACAACUUGGCGUAAUGUUAGAUAUACCAUAUCGUUAGAAGAUUGCAAAAACCUAUGUGAAGAACAUUGAAGCGGGUAGUACGGUUUUCCAAGCCUAUCUCGUGUUAUUAUAUAUAAUGGUCAAAAACCCCCAAAUUGGUACAAAAGGCCGCAAAAUACUGGGGUUUUUUCUAGGUUUAACCUUAUGUAACCUAAAAUUGGUGUCGAAAAUCGUAGCGACCGUUUAAAUGCCCUAUAUAUUUAUAGGUUUUUUGCGAGCUUUCUAAGGAUAUAGGCGAUAUUUGCUAAAAGUGAACUUUGAAAUUUCACUUUUUUAUAAGUUAGUACUAAAUAAUAUAUAUAAUGUUCUAUAACCGAGUAUAUUUUGUUCUUGUAUGUAGACGCUGUUCAACAGAUAUUUCGUGAAGAAGGUUUCAGAGGAUUAUGGAGCGGUACAAGAGCAUCACUAGUGCUGGCCACAAAUCCUGCUAUACAGUUCACUGUCUAUGAAACUGUCAAGAGAUAUAUGAGAGGCAUUAAUAAGGAGGUAAGAUAUAUCUUGAACUACUUGAAGCAAUCUCGUUCCCCGUGCCUGCGAUCCUCGGGAAGGAACGUGAGACCUGGCUAAGAUUGAACUAUAAUUGAACUACGCAUUCCAUUUCAACAGCCAAUUAGAUUCCUCCAUGAAACGGAUUAUCCCAGAGCCUCACGUUCCUUCCCGAGGAUCGCAGGCUCGGGGAACGAGAUUGUACUUGAAGUAAUUAUUAUGCUAGUGUCCAUUCCAUGCGACGAAACUUCAACAAAACAAGAUCUCCAAAUAAAACUUGUACUCGUGCAGGAGUCGGUUGUACAAAAGCUGGAUAGUAAUUUUUUCAAGCUUUCUUGAAUGGAUGAUUUCAGCAAUAGACUAAAUUUUGAUCUAGGCAAGUAGACCAAAAUCCAUCACCACAGCUAGAAAGAGCAUGUUAAAAUUUGUAAAAUUGCAAACUUUUGGUUGCGAAAUGUUGUAAAAUGAGGAAAAUAUAGCCCUUCGGAAUUUGCAAAUUUUGUACUAAUUUGUAUUACGCACGGGAAAAUGCACCACUUUGGGCCCAAUGAAUUGUGAAUGUUCUGAUAUAUUUCUCAUCAGUCGUCAUCUGGGCAUUCAUAACUUAUCAUCUUGUUUACAUCCAUCAGAACAAGAUAUCCGCAGCCAAAAUCACAGCGAAAAUUGCAAGUGUGAGGCCGAGACACACCGGACGCGAUUCGACAACGCGACGCGAUUUUUUAGUUUUUGAAAGUUAAUAAAACAGCCAAUAAGAGCAAAUUUUGAAAGAUAUGUAGACCAAAUAACUCAGAAUGUUAUAGCGCUUCUAAAUAUUUGGAAAAUUUAAACUAGGUUCAAACUUAUCGGUCAGUGAAAAUCGGAAAAUCGCGCUGCGUUGUCGAAUCGCGCCCGGUGUGUCUGGGCCUUAAACGUGCCUUAAGGCCGUUUUCCACUAGGCGAAUUUUUUCGCGCGAACAGAUAAAAAGUAGGAAGCGAUCCUACUUUUUCGCCGCGAAUUUUUUCGCCGACCAAUCACGUUGCCGGAUUUCGGUUUUCGCUUUGCGUCGCGCGAAAAAAUUCGCCUAGUGGAAAACGGCCUUUAAGUCGGUUUUCCACUAGCGAAUUUUUUCGCGCGAAGCGACCUUUUUCCUUUGUCGAUAUCACUUAUUACGUCAGCAAGACGUGGCAAAAUGGAUGCCGACAAAGGAAAAAUUCGCUAGUGAAAAACCGGCUUAAUGUAUUUUUUAGGUAGUUGUAUCUAUCGCAAUCCAUGUGUAAUCUUUCUCUAUACUCUCAUCCUCGUUGACGAGGGCUUAUUAAGUGAUCGUGUAUGUAUACUUUCUUUUAGCUUCCAUCGUGGAAGUAUUUUGUGAUCGGUGCAAUUGCAAAAACCGUGGCUACAAUUCUUACGUAUCCCUGUCAAGUUGCUCAGUGCAAACAACGGGUACGUUUUGAAAAUGAACCUUUGAAUAUACGCAUGUAUAUUUGAGUAUGUUAAAAUGGUCUUUUUUGCAGUCAGUGUUGUUUUGUAUAUUAAAAUGCUCAGUGGUUCCCAUAAUUACCUAGCUGUAACGGGAUUGGGUUAUUUACAUUGCACUUGGUUAAGUCUAGGUCUGGUGCACAGUUAUUAGCCUUUCUCACGAUGACGAAUAUCCGACAUUUUUGGGUGGCAUCUAAUUCUUGUUAACCAAUGCAGACAAUUAAAACAAUGCGCAAACACUGCAAAACAAUUUUUCAAAAUAAGCUAACCAUUUACAAAGCAAAUUUACCAUCAUUCGUCCAAAAAAUUAUAAAAAGUCGCUGUUAUGUGGACUUAUCUCGCAGACUUCGGCUGAAAAGCCACCCAACAAAAAUGGCGGCGUGAGAAAGGCUAAUUCUAAAACGUCCAAUAAACUGAAAAUUCCGAAACGUUUAUAGCCCGCGUGCAGGCCCAAGGUAUCAGUUCCCUUGGGCCUGCACGCGGGCUAAAACGUUUGUGACAACUUGAUGUUACCAUGGAUAGUUUGGGGUUUUCUGGUCUCUAUCACAAAAUUAUUUUGAAAAGUAAAUUUUGGAAAUUUGAUGGCCUGUCCCAGGUUUUUUCACGCAUGCAAAGAGCGCUCAAUCUGUCAAUCACAGUGAAAUUAAUAUACCUCCAUAUGUAACUGGAACGCUAUACCUUCAGAUAAACUGCCUAUCGUUUUAUUGAGGCCAGAUCUUACCUCCAGACACGCGUGUUGGAGCUAGCGUUCCAGUUAUAUUUAUUUCAGUGUUCAAUCAUGAAAUAGACGCGUGUUUCUGGAGGUCAGAUUUGACUUCAGGUAAACGCGGGGGAUUUUAUUUGAAGGUAACAUUCCAGUUAUAUACACUCAUCACACCUUCAUCGGGCCCAAUUUUUAAACCUCUCUGCUAAAUAUCCAAGCUUACAUUCAUAUAUCUGUAUAUUUUCAGAGCGGCUACUGGAAAGAUGAAUCAAAGCGACCAAAUUUUAUAAUAAUUAUUGCGCAGAUACUAAGGUAAAGAUUUUUUGUGUUGUGUAACUUGUGUUGGUGUUAUGUACUCAGGUGAAUAUGAUGUUUGUGAUGUUACUCUGAGUGUAUAUCCACACCAGGCAAGCUUGAAAAAUAUGCCUGACCACGGUGGGAAUAUUUUUCAGGCAUAUUUCUCAAGCUUAUCCAGUGUGGAUAUCGAACAGUGUGGGAAUCCAAGCAAACUUUUCAGCUUGCCCGGUGUGGAUGCACACUCAGAGUAACAUCACAAACAUGAUAUAUAGAGGAUAUUACACGGCGGCGCGAAGAUAUGACUUUUAUCUUCGAGUUGUGAAAACAAUAUUUUACGAACGAGCGCAGCGAGUAAGUAAAAUAUUGUUUUUAACACGAGAAGAUAAAAGUCAUAUCUUCAAGCCACCAUGUAAUGUUCUGUUUAUUAUAUAGUCCCAAGCAAAAAAUUGUGAAAUUUCACGCUCAAAAUUGGAAAAAGUCAUGUGAUCGAUAUCUUCACUGGUGAAGUAUCUUCACUGGUGAAGAUAUGGAAAAUAUCUCGCUGCGUAUUUUUCAGUAUCUCACUCUCUACUAUAUAAUAGAUGUAUAUAUGUAUCCUUUCUCCACGGUUUCAAUGAUUUCAGAUUUUUAAUGUAUGCAUGGAAGAUAUAUCGAGAAACAUUGCGAUUUUCACUCUACUUUGUACUUUAUUCUAGGCAAGGUGGUGUAAAAGGUCUGUACAAAGGGCUAGAAGCGAAGCUUACACAAACUGUGCUAACUGCGGCGUUUAUGUUUUUAACAUACGAAAAAAUACUCACAUUUACUUUCUCCCUACUCGGUGUCGAGAAACGGAAAUGAGGGCAAAUUGCGGGAGUGAAGUGACGCUGAAAUUUAAGUGGAAACAGUACAGUGACCAGUAUAAAACUGGAGUAAUACCUUGGAUAAUAAGGAGCUUACGGCGCUUUCCAUUAACACGGCCAGACCGGUCAAAUUGUUGAAUGGAACACAAAACAUUUGGGCUUCGGACCUAUCUGACCGAGAAAUUUAGAUAACAUUAGAAUAAGGUCCAUUUUCGCUAGAUAUUUGAGAAACAAAGACCAGAUCUUUCCAUUGAUACAAAAAAAAAUAAUUCAGAUCUGACCGGUCAGGCCAUUAAAUGGAAAGCGCCUUUAAUAAACAGGCGAUGUUUUUGUCAACGCCAAUGGGGGAUAGCCUGCUCGCAGCCCCCCACCCGAAAAUUUGAAACGGAAAAUUACGGGCUUCGAGCAGGCUAAGGGGGGACUGGAUUAAAAAUGCUGUGUUUGUGUCAGUUGGUAAUCUUCGACACAUAUGGCAAAACAUAAGAUUUUUAUAGUUUUGCUUCCUCACACGAGCAUACCGCUUUUCGAAUGACGUCUAUAUUGACAAAAAUGUCGCUUGCUUGACGCCCAUUUCCACUCAGGAAAUUUUCAGCAGAAAAAGAAAAUUUUGUGAAAUGUUAUUGGCCAACACAAAUUUUCCAUCGGAAAAAAAUUUUGACGUUGACAAUUUUCAACUUUUAACAAUUAUAUUUUCGGAAGAUUUUCUGUCCGUGGAAAAUUUUCUUGAGUGGAAAUGGGCCUUUUAGCUUACUAAUGUAAUAAUAAUUAACAAUUAUUGAAUGAGGUUGAGCACGAUAUGAAGAAUUAUCAAGCCCAAAGUUUGAGGUUUGAGUACUGAGGGCUUGAUAAUUCUUCAUAUUGUGCGAAAACCGAAUUUAAUAAUUUUUUAUUAUUUAUUUAAAAAAUUCAAAACAAAUAUUUGUAUUUUAUUUGUAUUAAGAAAAAAAUAAUUCCUUAAUCCUUCGGCAGCCGUCGUCGUCGUCAUAUCAAUAGACAGAUUUAGAUCGAGGACGCGGACGUCAAAGACGACGUGAAAAUGGCGUGUUCAUAGAGAUGUACAUAGAGAUUAUAAAUAACACUAGAGGAGGCAUCGAGUUUAAAAAUUGGGAACGCAGCUAAUGGGGGGCAAAUUCAAGUCCCGGAUAUAAAAUCGUGCUCUCAUUGGCUGAUUUGAAACUCGUCACCAAUGGGAACACGAAUACACAUCCGGGACUUGAAUUUGCCCCCCAAUAGUCGCGUUCCAUUUUUUUUUACUGAAUUAAGAUUACUAUGCCUCCUCUAGUGUUAUUUAUAAUCUCUAUGCCCAUAUAUGGAUAUGCCACGCCAUUUUCACGUCGUCUUUGACGUCCGCGUCCUCGAUCUAAAUCUGUCUAAUGGCGUCAGCGAGUCGAUAUGAUUCUCGUCGUCAUAGUAAUAUGGCGCAAAUGCGUCCAAUUUUUUUUCAUAUUGACUCUUUGACGUCAUUUUGCUAAGCCCCCCAAUAUGAAUGUGAAAAAUCCAUAUUUGGUUAGCCAUUGAGUUGAUAUGACAAUUUCACAGUCGGCUGUUAGCCAAUCAGAAACCAGGAAUUUUUUAAAUAAAUAAUAAAUUUAAAUUAGCUCUAUAAUCAAGCAAAUGUCUUCUAAUAAGUUACUAUCAAAAGCAAAAGUUGCUUUAAGUUGCUAAAACCAGCAAAAAGUUGUUUGAAAUGGGAAAGGUUGCCCAAAAGUCGCCGACUGGAAUGAAUUGUCAUCUAUAUAAGGUUUAAGGUGAUUCAUCAGUAAUUGUUCUGGAAAUGAGAAUUUGCUGAAACUUCCCAGGGGUGAAGUUUUUGAUAUGCUCAAAGUAAAACCAAAAAAAAAGGUGGCGUCACCGAACUCGUUUCGAAGAUGUGACAAGUGUAAUUUGUCACCUUUUUCUCCAUAUGGCGCCAUCUUGACCCUUAUACGAUUUACAGGAACAAUCGCAAUUGCUCAAUCGUUAUUGAAUAUUUUUUAACAAGGAUCCUACUAAAAAUGUCUAUGUAGUGAUCAUGUACCAGAAAACAUGGUAUUUUAGCGAAUCAAAAACCAUUGACGUGCAUUUUCUAUUAUUUUCUGAUACGACAUGUAAAACAUAUAGAAGAACAAAAAUAAAAAAUAGGGUCCAGUGCCUUGUUAAAGAGAUAAAGGGUUAAAAAUGCAACAUGAUGUGGUUAAAAUGUUAGUUGAACAGGAACACUAGCCAGAGUUCUGUCAUUUUUGAAGGAAUAUUUCCAGAAGCACGCCUAAUCAAUGCAGAGUGUUUUUCUCUCUGCCCUUAUACUCUUUCUUUAAACUGCAGUUCGACUACAUAUAUCAGCUAAAUUUGUCAUUAGGUAUGUGCAGUAAAGGUGCGCAAUGCAAAACUGAAGAAUCACCUUAAUUAUUGAAGAAGAAUUUUUAUCAGGUGCUGUUCGAGGAUAAUAAUAGUAAUGCAAUAUAUUGAGAAUAUAAUUUUAUAAAAGAUAUUCAAUUCUUGCACUGACUGGCUAAAAGCCUUUUUAAAUUUUAUGUGAACAUGCAACGCUCUCACUCAAUAUUUUUAUAUCAAUAAAAUACAAUAAAAUCGUCUUUAAAAACAGCAAGAUAAUUUAGAUUGGUUUUGCUUCAAUCUAUAAA